AUGCUGGAUGCUGGACAGGAUGCCACGAGUCCACACGUAACGAUUCCGCGACUCAGCCCAGCCCAGCACAGCCCCCCCCACACACCUCCCUGCAACCUUUGCCUCUGGACUUUGGCGGUCUUGGCUCUGCUGUCCUUCACCGCUCGUCGCCGUCGCCGUCGCGGAAACCAACCGUACUACGGAACGGGCUGGAUGGCGCCUCCCCCAAAGUACGGCAACCACGGCAGCGACUACCAGAUGAACCCCCAGACGGGCGCCGGCGCCGGCGCCAGCGCGGGAACGUACCCCCCUCCGCCUCAGCCCCCUCCCGCCUACGGACCCCAGUACGGCCACGGCCAGCCGCAGCCUCAGUACCAGUACCAGUACUACGGCCAGCCGCAGCAGGGUCAGCCUCAGCAGUACUCCGGGACCAUGCCCGCCUCCGACCAGGCCUACUACGGCCAGCAGCAGCAGUAUCACGAGACGGGAGUGCAGCCUCCGGCCAAUACGCAUCAGCCGGGGAAGUGA